UAGUUCGCCGACAGUAGUGUACACAGCUCACUAACUCUCUCUUUCUUUGCUUGCUCCUUCCAUCCAUCUAUCUAUCUAUUCCUUUAUAUCUAUAGUAAUCUUCUGUAUUCUGUUAUUUCUGUACUUUACCAUCAUGGUUCAAUCGAAAAAGUUCAGAGGUGUCAGGCAGCGUCAUUGGGGUUCUUGGGUUUCUGAAAUUCGUCAUCCUCUUUUGAAGAGAAGGGUGUGGCUAGGAACAUUUGAAACAGCUGAGGAAGCGGCGAGAGCAUAUGAUCAAGCAGCGAUUUUAAUGAGUGGUCGGAAUGCGAAAACGAAUUUUCCGAUAACGCAAACUCCGGAAGGUGAUCCAAAGAGCAGUGUAAGUACUGAUGAUAAGAACAAACAUUCGAGUUCUUCAAAGGAUCUAGAAGAAAUCUUACACGCUAAGCUUCGGAAAUGUGGGAAGUUACCAUCGCCUUCCAUGACUUGUUUGAGGUUGGAUACCGAAAACUCUCACAUUGGUGUGUGGCAAAAACGUGCUGGGAAAUGUUCUGAUUCGAAUUGGGUUAUGACUGUUCAACUUGGUAAGAAGAGUGUGACUGAAGAUAAUGGUAGCACUAGCACUAGCACUAGCACUAGUACUAGUAGUAGUAGUGUUGUGCCUUCGACUUCGUCGAUGGUUGCGACCGGAGAGGAAAUCGUGCGAGGAGAGAUUGAUGAAGAGGAUAGAAUUGCACUUCAAAUGAUAGAGGAACUUCUGAAUGAUAAGAAUUGUCCUAGCUCAUCAGUUAACAAUGCUAAACAAGGGGAUGAUAUUGAUAACAGCUUUUUUCUUUGAAGGUAAUGUUUAGAUUGGUGGUUUGGAAAAAAAUAAAAUAGGCUUGUUAUAGUUUAUAAAAUAUUGAUGUUAUAUCAUUUCAUAUCAUAUAUCAUUACCAUUCAAUUCUAUUAUAUUCUAUACCACCAAUUCAAAUAUACAUAUAUAUGGUAUUCACCUGUUAAUUAAUUAUAUCUUUUAACAAUGUAAUUAUUUGGUAAGUUAUUUAUAUUUGAAGACUAUAUAUGUAACGAGUGGGUUUUCUAUAAAUUUAUAGCAUAUGAUUUAAGCACAUUGUAUUUUGUGAGUUUAUUUCAUCUCCAUAAGGUUGUAAUGGUAAUUGUGGAUUCAUGCCUGCAGGAUGGACUAACUUAGAUGAAGACAGUGUGGGAUUAAUUGUAUAACUAUUUAAUAAAAUCUAUGUUCAAUAUACAAAGAUUAUAAUGAUAAUUACUGUAUAUUCUAACGAUGAUCAUAC